UGUAGAAUUCUCAGUUCUCAUUAGAGUUUGGGAACGCGAACGACGCUCGAUGCUGUAAAUGGAACGCGCAAAUGUUUACUAAAUUCUGCUUGGAUAAUAUGGAUAAAAAGUUGCAGCAUCAGCAUCCACAACCACAUCCACAUCCGCAUCCGCACUCGCAUUCUCAUUCCCAUUCACAUACGUUGCACAGCAAGCAAACACAGAAGUCUCUCUCACAUCCACUUCAAGCCAAGUUAGUGGCGCUGGAGGCCAAAAUAAAGCACGGUUCCAUACCAAAUAUGACAACGGCAACAACCGGAGCGAGAUCAACAACAACAACAACAACGACGACGACGUCGACAUCGACGGCGAGACCGAUGGCAAGCACAAGUCACAACAAUAGCUGUAACAUGGCCAAGACAAGUCAGCAAUUUGGCAGUCGUCAGGUGACCAUCAAAGAUCCAACUGGCAAUCGGGACCGUGAUCGGGAUCGCGAUCGUGAUCGGGAGAGAGCCCAUAGCAAAUAUGAAUCGAAUGUGGGUGUAUUCAAUCGUUACUGUGUGCCACAUAAUCAACACUCGGCGGCGCCACAACCCGUUGUGCCACUGUUAACUCAAGUGCAGCGGGUCAACAACGAUCUGACGGACAAACUCACCCGUUUGGCCCGUCGCAAUACGUUCAAAUUCCGCGAAUUAGCCGCCAUGCAGGUGCAGGAUAAGAACACGGAGGCAUUGCAGGAAUUGCAGACAUCGAUUCCAGAGAUAAGCAAAAUCUUCGAUGUGCAUUGUCGCAUUGGCAGCGGUACCUUUAGCACCGUCCUGCUGGGCACAUUGCAGAGGGAGCGACAAUUGCCCGAGUCGCAGCGUCGUCGAUUCGCCAUCAAGCAUCACAAUCCCACAAACCAUCCGGAGCGCAUCCUGAGGGAAUUGGAGUGCAUGUUUCGCAUGGGCGGAAAUCAGAAUGUGAUUGGCAUCAAUUGCUGCAUACGCUACAAUGACAAUGUGGCAUUUGUGAUGCCCUUCAUGAGUCACGAUCGAUUCCACGACAUCUAUCGCAAUCUCAGUCUGCUUGAGGUCAAGGACUAUCUGCACAAUCUUCUGAUUGCCCUGAGACAUGUCCACAAGUUCAAUGUCAUCCAUCGGGAUGUCAAACCGAGCAAUAUACUCUACAAUCGUCGUACUGGCAAAUUUCUGCUCUGUGACUUUGGUCUGGCUCAACGAUUGGCGGAAGAUGGCAGCCUGAUUCAGGCGUCGGAUUUGAGUGGAGCUGCUGCAUUGAUGCGGGACAUGAAUGCGGCACAACACCAACUGUUGCAGCACGACGGCAACAGUCUGCAAGCAGAGGCAGAGGCGGCUGCAAUUCGACAGCGGCAACAGCAGCAGCAGCUGCAACAUCAGGGUGGGGAACGUAUUCGAGCUGCGGGCGGAGGGACGACGGCAUUUGGGGAGGCUACUUCGCAUCUGCUGCUGACGGAGCCAACGAAAAAGGAGCUGGCGGCACAGAAGGCGGACACACAGCGUCUGAUCAAUCGAUUGCGAUAUGUGAACGCCAAUGUGGAUCCCAACAACUAUGUGGUGUCCACGAACAGCACAAGGAAGGAGAUGCAUGCAUCCAGGGCAGGCACACCAGGCUAUCGACCGCCUGAGGUGCUGCUGCGUUAUCCAUACCAGACGACCGCUGUUGAUGUGUGGGCGGCAGGUGUGAUAAUGUUAUCAAUGCUGUCCUCGUUGCAUCCAUUCUUCAAGGCGCCCAACGAUUGUGCCGCCUUGUCCGAGAUUAUGAAUCUAUUUGGGGAUCUGCAGGUGCGCAAAACGGCCUUCAUGCUGGAUCGCUUGGUGUUGAUCACCCAAAAGGUUGCCGCUCUCGAUUUGCGUCGCGUCUGCAUGCGUUUCCGCUAUGCCAAUCACUUCCUCUCACCGGAAAUGCAGCGACGCCAUCGACGCUCCGAUGGCAACACCGAACUCUGUCGGCUCUGCGAGCAAGCGACCUUCAACUGCAUCUGCAGGCACAGUUGCCACCAGCUGGAGACCUACGAUGAACUCGACAUGUUUCCCCAUCAGGCUUACGAUCUGCUUGGCCGCCUGCUCGAGGUGAAUCCCCAGAAGCGCAUCACCGCCGAGGAGGCUCUCAAGCAUCCCUUUUUCAGUGAACACCAUCGCAUUGCCCCCGGCAUUCCCCUUCAUCAGUUGCAACAAUCUGGGGCAUCUUCUGCCCAACUGCGUUCCCGCGAUUCCCUUCAAUCCGCCGGCUCAAAGACUCUCACUCCAUAUGUGAGCUAUCCCAAGGCGGACAUGUGGAGACAAAGGUCAGUCGAACUGGUGCAGCAACAACUACAACAACAACAACAGCAGCAGCAGCAGCAACAACAACUAGCAAUGUUUGAAUCAAGUACAGUUAGUAACUCGUCUAUGCAUAGAAAUUUUCAAUUCAACGCUCGAAACUGAUUCGAUUACAAGUCGAGUUAUGUCGCGAAAUUUGUAAUGUGCAAAAAAACCAAAAUUUUGCAUCAACAUAUAAAUAGAGUUUUGGUGUUUUGUUCUUUUACCGAUUA